GUUCGUUUCGAUUCAGUACGUAUUCUGAUUUCAUGGAGUGCGGUUGUGGGCGGCUCGGGCUGAGGUAUUGCCGGUGAUUACUUCAUUCUCCACAAGUUUCGUGUACAGUCGGAGGCGUGGCAGAGUUUUGGAGAGCUCGCAUUACAAAUUUGUUGUCUCAGGCGGUUUCUCUGAACAGAACUUGAACUACGUGAAUUAGUUAUUCACAAUGUCGUUAAGCAAGAAAAAUGAUAUAUUAGAAGAAUUGCGAAAUAUGUACUAUGUAUCUUUCAUGUCGAAAUCUUGGAACCCAUCGCUACCUAAUAAGAAUGGUAUAAAACUGACUGUUGAGGAUUUAAUUCCAUUAAUUCUACGCAGUGUCAGAGUUCAAUUAACCAUGCAAAAGCUUAAUCGAGUGAAUAGGCUUCCUAUGCUCGAAUUACAAAGUUCUGUCCGAUCAUCCCUUGAAGAUCUAGGCCACCAUAGAAAUAUGCCUGUGAUACGUUGGGUUGGUAUAGCUCUGUGCCACAUACUGAAAAAAAAUUACAAAGGCAUAAUUGUGAAUGAAGAGAGCAUUAAAAGAGUCAAGGCCAAAAUGGGAUCUAAUCCUGUAAUAUUUGCUCCAAGUCAUAGAAGUUAUGCAGAUUUCAUACUAAUGUCUUUUUUAUGUUUUUAUUAUGAUAUUGAGAUACCCGUUAUUGCUGCGGGACAAGAUUUUCAGAGCAUGUGGGUGAUGGGAAGAGUCUUGCGAGAGUGCUGUGCAUUUUUUAUUCGCCGCACUUUUGGUGGUGAUAGUUUAUACAAGGCUAUUAUUGCUGAGUAUGUCAGUUUGUUGAUACAAUUUAGCCAUACUGCCUUGGAAUUUUUUAUAGAGGGAACUCGAAGCCGAUCAGGCAAAUCCCUUUUACCAAAAUUUGGUCUCAUGUCUAUGGCCCUAGAACCUUAUUUUUAUGGUAAAGUUCCAGAUGUUACCAUUGUACCUAUAAACAUUACCUAUGAGCGUUGUUUGGAAGAUUCACUUUUUUCUAGAGAACUUUUGGGUGCUCCAAAGCCAAAAGAGUCUACAAGGCUGUUACUGAGAGCUCUACAAGUGUUGAGGGAGAAUUAUGGGAGAGUUUUCGUAGAGUUUGGAGAGCCUAUAUCUGUAAAAAAGUUUAAUUCAGCAGAUAUUCAAACUAGAGAUCUUAGAGUUGAUUUAAAUCAAGCAUCCAGCUUUUAUAAAGAACGGAGGUAUCCUGGACCACAGGUUUCUCAGCGAGUGAAAGACCUGAGUUAUUCAGUAAUCAGAGAACAAAACCGAAUUAUGACAUUCUUACCAGUUCAUAUCAUGGCAGUUUCUGUGUCAUUGUGGCUUGGGUUUGAUGACAAUGUUCCACUUGAAAAAGUUGAAACUGAUGUGAAGUAUCUGAGAAAUAUUCUCGCUGUGCUUGGAUAUUCUGUGGAGGUGAAAGAUCCAGUUGAAAAAGAGAUAAUAGAGGCCCUGAAAAUGUACAGCAGAGUGAUGUAUUUCUGUGAAAGGGAAAGAACUGUAAAGCUACAUUAUGGUGUGGCAUCAACAAGUGGCACUUCUGAUCAUAUACGAAGUUCCAGACUAACAGAACAAACUCUUACUGAAGCUUAUCCAAUUGUAUUCUUGCAAAUUUAUGCCAAUCCAGUAUGUCUUGCGUGUAUUCAUAUUUGCAUCUUGAAUUUCGUUAUGUGUACUGCUAGUAAAGUGUCAGAAUACACAAAAGAUUCCUUAUUCAAAGAUUAUUCAUUUUUUCGAACUUUGCUACAAGUGGAAUUUGUUCUGUAUAUGGAAGAUACAAACUUAAUUAAGAAUGUGAGUAUAGUAUUUUAUUUGUCUUUGGGUAAGAUUACAGGAACAUGAAGUCUGAUAAAAUGCCCAUGCCUCUCCCAUGAAAGCAAUUAAGUCAAUUGUAUGUUAGAAUGAAGUGUUAGCAGUAAUGUUUAGUGCAGUAGGGAGUUUUUUUUUUUUUGAACUGUGUAAAACUUGGUGGCAUAUGAUGUGUAUGAGAAUAGAACAUUGACAGAUAUGUACGGUUAUCAUAGCUUUGUGGAGCUUUCUAGAAUUUUUCAAUUUCUCUGAAUUCCUUCUUUCAGAAUGGCAAAAAAUCUGUGGAAUGUGAUGGUGACAUCCCCCUUCCAUCUCUGUUGCUUUCUGUUCUCACCUCUCCAUCCUCUUUUGUCCUCCCAACCUCCAUUAUUUUCUGAGACACAGAACAUUCUCUAGCCUCUAGUGUGUGAAUUGUUGACUAGUGUCCUUAUGCAGCCUUUGGCCUCCUGCUUGUGCUACAGUUGAACAUCAUGAUUCCUCACCCUGCUCCAAAUGGUCGUUGUUUCUUACGUUAGAUAGAUAUGUUAUCAGCCCAAAGGAGGCAAACUACAGUAUUGCUGUGGGUAUAGUAGGUUAUAAUGAAUAUUUUGGUGAAUUGUUUGCACUCACUGAGAGCUAAAAAUAUUCUAAGAUGAUGAAUAUGUCUGAGAUAUGAGUGCUGAUGUGAUUUGAGUGAAUGUUGGCUUGUUUUUCCCAUGUAGUGAACACAUGCUGCUGGUUAAUGUCAUUAAGCAUCUGUGGCUAGCUGGAGGAGUAUCUACUGAGGAUGAAGAUUCCUACGACGAGGACUUUGUGAAUGCCAUUGAUCGUAUGUGCACUCUCAAUCUCUUCUUUACUGCUACAACAGACAAAGAGGCCAUUGACUUAUCAAAUAUUGAAGCACUCCGAAAUGGAGAUCAAGAAGCUUUGUUGCUGGGACUUCUCCAUCCGUUUCUUACAGGAUAUGCUCUAAUUCUAAAAUUAAUAAUUGUGAUGACUUCUGAAGUCCCUGAUCACUCUGAACAAGAACUAAGAUUCCAUCUUCAAAAGAAAUUGGAAGAUGAGAUAAGUAUAGGUCAUUUCAUACCAAAAUAUGUUUUGUCAAUGGAUCUUAUAAUAAAUGCUCUCACGGCUUAUACCAUGAUGGGUGCUCUUCAGAAAUGGCAAAAGGGUGAAUCAAUGAUGAUACGUCCUAUUGUGUCUGUGUGCAGAUCCAUUCAGCAGGACUUGGGUAAGAGAUUCUGACAUAUCAUAACAAGUUCAUGAUUUUCAUCAAAUAUUUUAGUUCAUUAAAAUGCAUUUCAAAACUAGAAACAAACAAGGUAGUGCAAACAUAAAUAAUUCAUUUUGAACAGAAAUAAGUCUUGAAGAUAUAUUUUCCCAAAAUUGUACAUUAACUAAGUGGUUUUCUUGUAACUGUGCAUGAAAUAUAGGUAAUUUUUAACA